CAGUCGCCUUAUGACUAUGUAUCUAGAAUAUAUUAUAAUGAAAGGCAGAAAGGGGCACUUCAGAAAGGGACACUUGACUAAAUAAAAGCAAAUGAAGCAAUGAACCAAAAAAGUUAUAUCCAUAAACUAUUAAACUCUUUCAAACAAAGUCAUAACUCUUUUGCCUCAAUGUCAUUUUGAAAGUUCCUUACAUCAAUCUAAAAAUUGUUAACAUCUUGAGUUUUUAUUGAAUCCUUUAUUUACUCGCAAACGAAGCCAUGAAUACCGACAAUCGUUAUCCAGUUACAGCUUCUCUUUUCAUGUUGAAAGAAAUAAAGCAUAGGCAGGAACAAGUGAACCGGGGAUACCAGCUCCUGAAACGUAAAGCCGAGGCACUACGCAUGAGAGGCAGGCAGGCGGCCUCAGAACUGGCCUCAACUCAGGCCAUUUUGGGCCACACGCUUAGGGAGGCUUACAUAUCGUUGGCGGCCAUAAAGUUUACUAAUGGGGAAUCAAAUGCUUUAGUCCUUGAGAAUAUUGGUCAGGCCCAAGUCCGAGUUCUUCGUAUACCUGAAAAUAUAUCAGGAGUUUCCACGGUCUGCCUUCAAGCUCUAGAGGAGACGGUUGGUAUCGGCGACACUUUCCGGUACGCGGGUCUUGGUGCCGGCGGACACCGCACCGGGGAAGCCAAGAAAGCCUUCAGAGAGGCCGUCCGAAUACUCAUUAAGUUUGCCUCACUGAGGAACACUUGUAUACUACUUGAUGAAUCUAUAAGAACCACUUUGAGAAAGGUGAACGGAAUUGAGAAAGUUAUAAUGCCAAAGUUACGUAACACUGAAAAUUAUAUCUUGACGGAAAUGGAUGAACGGGAAAGGGAAGAAUUUCAUCGCUUGAAAAUGGUAAAAGCUAAGAAGAUUCGAAGCCAAGCCCGCGCAAAAUUACGUCAAGAUACCAAAGACGGCGGUGCUGGCGAAUCCACCGAAAUUGUCGCCGCAACUGCAGUGUUGCCCGUUAGCACUCGGUCCGUAGAGUGCUUUACCAGCAUUCUGACUUGCAGGUCUUCGCUCUCCUCUACCACGGACUCUGGAGACUUCAACAAGCCCAUUUGUUAUCCCCACAAUUGGGAUGACGACGAUUUAUUGUUUUAAAAUGUGACUUGUAAGAUGUUUGGGUAUACUGUUUUGUUUGUGUGUAUGUGUUUUUGCUCGUUAUAAUAAUGUGUAAAAAGUCCAAUACU